UUCAUCCCGUACAUCAUGACACCAUGCGCUGAUUAUUUUUGCUGCGAGAGUGACGCCCAGAGACGUGCCUCGGAGUACAUGCAGCCCAACUGGGACACCAUCCUGGGUCCACUGUGUGUGCCCCUGGUGGACAGCUUUACUAGCCGCCUCAAGGACAUCCAUGUGACCUCAUGUGCUUAUUACAAAGAAACCUUGUUAAAUGACAUCCGGAGAGCCAGAGGGAAAUACCAGGGUGAUGCACUGGCGAAGGAGCUGGCUCGCAUGAAGCUCCGCACGGACAGUACCGACGUUCCGAUCUCAGACAUCGUCAUUAAUUUACUGCUGUCCUGUCGUGAUAUCCAGGACUAUGAUGCAAUGGUGAAGCUGGUAGAAACACUGGAAAUGCUGCCGACGUGUGAUUUGGCUGACCAGCAUAACAUUAAAUUCCACUAUGUGUUUGCACUGAAUAGAAGAAACAGCACAGGCGAUCAUGAGAAGGCUCUGCAGGUCAUGCUCCAGGUUCUGCAGAGCUGUGACCACCCGGCCCCCGACAUGUUCUGCCUCUGCAGGAGGAUGUACAAGGACAUCUUCUUGGAUUUGGACUGCAAAGAUGAUGCCAGCUGAGACAAUGCCAUUGAGUGGUAUUGCGAAGGGUUUGAGCUCCAGCCAUCUCUUUAUUCAGGAAUCAACCUUGCAGUUUUGCUGAUAGUUGCUGGACAGCAAUUUGAAACUUCCAUGGAGCUAAGGAAAAUAGGUGUCCGGCUGAACAGUGUGUUGGGAAGAAAAGGGAGCUUGGAGAAAAUGAACAAUUACUGUGAUGUGGGUCAGUUCUUCAACGUCAGCAUGUUGGCCAGUGAUGUUGGGAAAGCUGUCCAGGCAGCAGAGAAGUUGUUCAAACUGAAACCUCCAGUCUGGUACCUGCGAUCAUUAGUUCAGAACUUGUUAUUAAUUCAGCGCUUCAAGAAACCCAUUAUUGAACAUUGACCCAGGCAAGAACGGCUGAACUUCUGGUUAGAUAUAAUUUUUGAGGCAACAACUGAAGUUACUACUAAUGGACUCAGAUUUCCAGUUCCGGUGAUAGAACCAACCGAAGUCUACCAGCCUUCGUAUGUCUCUAUAAACAGUGAAGCUGAGGAGAGGACAGUUUCUCUGUGGCACGUCUCACCCAUGGAAAUGAAACAAAUUCAUGAAUGGAAUUUUACAGCCUCUUCCAUUAGAGGAAUAAGCAUAUCCAAGUUUGAUGAACGGUGUUGUUUUCUUUACGUCCAUGAUAAUUCUGAUGACUUUCAAAUCUACUUUUCCACUGAAGACCAGUGCAGUAGGUUUUGCUCUUUGGUCAAAGAGAUGAUAACCAAUGGAGUGGGCAGUACAGUGGAGCUGGAGGGAGAGGCCGAUGGGGAUACCUUAGAGUAUGAGUAUGACCACGAUGCGGAUGGUGAGAGAGUGGUGCUGGGGAAGGGCACGUGUGGGAUCGUGUAUGCCGGCAGAGAUCUGAGCAAUCAAGUGCGAAUAGCCAUCGAAGAAGUUCCAGAGAGAGACAGCAGUUACUCUCAGCCUCUGCAUGAGGAGAUCGCCCUGCACAAGAACCUCAAGCACCGCAAUAUUGUUCAGUACCUGGGCUCUGUUUCCGAGGACGGCUACAUUAAGAUAUUUAUGGAGCAGGUGCCUGGGGGAAGCCUUUCGGCUCUUUUGCGAUCAAAAUGGGGGCCGAUGAAGGAGCCCACCAUCAAGUUCUACACCAAGCAAAUCCUGGAAGGCCUCAAGUAUCUCCACGAAAGCCAGAUUGUGCACAGAGACAUAAAGGGUGAUAGCAUCCUGGUGAAUACCUAUAGCAGAGUGGUGAGUAUCUCUGAUUUCCGCACCUCUGAACGUCUUGCAGGAAUGAAUCCAUGUACAGAGACUUUUGCUGGCACUCUGCAGUACAUGGCGCCCGAGAUUAUUGAUCGAGGACCUCGUGGGUACGGUGCCCCGGCUGAUAUCUGGGCCCUGGGCUGCACCAUCAUCGAGAUGGCUACCAGCAGGCCUCCGUUCCGUGAGCUCGGUGAACCGCAGGCAGCAAUGUUCAAAGUAGGGAUGUUUAAGAUUCACCCUGAGAUUCCGGAAACCCUUUCAGCGGAAGCUAAAGCCUUCAUUUGAUCCUGUUUUGAACCUGACCCCCACAAAUGUGUCACCGCUGCUGGGCUGCUCCAAGAGGGUUUCUUAAGGCAGGUGAACAAGGGCAAGAGGAACCAAAUUGCUUUCAAGUCGGCAGAGGGUCCCAGGGGCGCCACGCUGCCCCUGCCCCUGGCGGGGGAGCUGCUGGGUGGCAGCAGCGGCGAGCAUGGCUCGCUCUCCCCGGACCCCGAUGCCCAGCCCGAGGUGCUCUUCCAGAAAUCGCAGCCGCCCACGCACCGGCUCAGACACCUGCUCAGUGUUCCUGAUGAGAGCUCGGCCUCAGAGGGCCAGAGCGCAGCCUCUUCCCUGGAGGACAGGGACCUGGGCCUCUUCCCGCUGCGCAAGGACAGCGAGCGCCGUGCCAUCCUCUACAGAAUCCUCUGGGAGGAGCAGAACCAGGUGGCUUCCAACCUGCAGGAGUGCGUGGCUCAGAGUUCGGAAGAGUUGCAUCUCUCAGUCGGCCACAUCAAGCAAAUAAUUGCGAUCCUGAGAGAUUUCAUCCACUGCUCGGAGCACAGGGUGAUGGCAUCCACGAUAUCAAAGCUAAAGGUGGACCUGGACUUUGACAGCUCGUCCAACAAACAGAUUCAUCUGGUACUCUUUGGAUUUCAGGAUGCUGUAAAUAAAAUUUUGAGGAACCACUUAAUUAGGCCCCACUGGAUGUUUGUGAUGGACAACAUCAUCCGUCGAGCGGUGCAGGCUGCAGUCACCAUCCUCAUCCCAGAGCUCCAAGCCCACUUUGAGGCUGCCUCAGAGACCGAAGGAGUGGAUAAGGACAUGGAUGAGGCGGAAGAGGACUGUGUUUCGGCAGACCCACGCGGGAGCGAGGCGCAGGCGGCGUGUGGGUGGAGCGGGCCCGUUUCAACAGUUGCCCAGGAGGCCCAGCCCCAGCAGCUCCACCAGCAGCAUUUGAGCCUCCAGCUGAGCAAGCUCAGGCAGGAGACCAACAGAGAAUACAGAGAACUCAGCGUCCCCUCCUCAGUCUUAUGGGCAGAGAACAGAUAAAGAGCUUGUCGACUGGUUGGUUGCAACUGCAAGGAGCAGAUACGAAAACAAUU